AUGCCUCCUAAACGGCCCACCGCGGCUGAUUUUAUGAAGCCAAACCCUAACGUCGACUCGAGGACGCCUACCGACAAGUCCAUGCAGCGUCUUCCUCGCGCUACACAGCAGAGCAAGGUUGGUUCAUCUCCGGUGUCUACUAACGACUCCCAUGUUGCUGCUGGCAUGGGGCUCGAGAUUCCUGCUGUUUUGAACCCGUCGCCCACCAACUGGUCUUCGAACUUUGUCGAAGGCGUUGUCUCCAAGGAUAACAGCAGGAAUGGCGUUGGCAACACCAACAACACCACCACCGCUCCAGACACUUCUUCCGUCGCGAAGAACGAUGUGAUUAGCAGCAAGGAGGGACGCAGUAUCACUCGCAACAAGGACGAAUAUGUUGUCAAGGCUAACAAUGGCGCUACGCACACGUUCACGACCAAGAGAGUCCCCAAGGACACGACGGUGGGUGUCGCAGCUAAUGGAAACAACAUCGUCACUUCGGGUGUCACCAAGUACAAAGUUGUCACCAAGAGCAACGCUGCCAUCCAGGACAACGCUGUCACCAAGCCCAACUCUCCCACGGAGACCGGCGGUGUUACUGAUACGUUCAGGAACACCCCGUGGCGCAGAGACCAGGUCGAUGGUCGCGGUGCCCAUAACCACCAAGCUCCCGGGAACACCUGUGCAGACUGGCGCGGACGGGGCAAGUUCGCCGGAGGAAGCGGCGGUGGCGUCGGGCGCUACGGCUCCUACUUCUCGCGUUCCGUCACCCCACCGCCGCAGCGCCCCGACGACCAGACGUUGUUGGAGCGUCGGGAUGCGGCGAGGGAGGCGCGCGCGAAGAAGGAGCGCCGCUGGUUCGAGGAGAACGAUCUCGACACCCGCCGAAAGGCUGCCGCCAAGAUCCGCCAGGAGACGAAGGAAUACAGGAGCAGGCGCGUCCGUAAGGUUGCCGCUGCUCCUGCGGUUGGUGCCGAAGCCGAUCCAGCUGAUCCACAAGCCAACACCAACGUCGCCAGGGUCAUCGUCGGCGGCAGGUUCAUCCGGGCUGACGAUGACCGGCAGCGGUACUACGAUGACGAGGAGGUGAUGGAGGUCCUGGCCAAGCUCAAGGAGCAGAAGGAAUCUGGCGCGUACCGCGAGAAGCUCCAGGUGCCUGGGCCUGUGGGCUCCGAGUACGCGGUCAUGAUGGAGACGGCUAAAGAGCUCUGGGAGGCCAAACGUCGCCGCAGAGCCGGCUACCCGCCCGCACCUACCGCCGAUGCCAGCAGGUACAAUUUCUCGUACAUAGGUAUGUAA